AACCCCGCCCACUUCCCCUUUCAAGCCGGAAGUGCCGUCCUGCUAACAACAACAACAACGACGCGGCGGCGGCGGUGACCAGCCUCUCCGCUCCCGCAACAAUAGUAGGGAUCGAACCUUUUGCUGCGGAGGAAGAACGAACCAUCCAGAAUCUCCCAUGAACGUGAAUUCGUCCCGGGGCUGGUGAAGCGCGGGUCGGCCAUGCUGUCAGACGCAGACUACUCCGGGAAUGCCUCCGGCGCCCGGCGAGCCAAGAAGAGGAGCUCCGGGGAGUCACCGGGGGACAGCCAGACCCUGCGCUCCUCCGGGAGACAGAUCAACGUCCGGGUGAAGCGAACCAACAACCCCCCACCUGGACAGAGCAAAAGAAAAGCUACGGACACAGAGGAAGAAGACGAUCAGUCUGAGAAGAAGUACAGAAAGUGUGAGAAGGCUGGAUGUUCUGCCACGUACCCCGUUUGUUUUGCGAGUGCAAAUGAGAGGUGUGCUAAAAACGGAUACACCUCUCGAUGGUAUCAUCUUUCCUGUGGUGAACAUUUUUGCAAUGAAUGCUUCGAUCACUACUACAGGAGCCACAAAGACGGUUAUGAGACCUUUGCAUCGUGGAAGAAGGUGUGGACGAGUAAUGGGAAAAGUGAGCCCAGUCUUAAAGCUUUCAUGGCAGAUCAGCAGCUGCCGUUCUGGGUUCAAUGCACCAAACCGGACUGCAGGAAGUGGCGUCAGCUCACAAAGGAGAUCCAACUCACUGCUUCCUUAGCAGCAACAUAUCGCUGUGGAAUGAAGUUCAACAACAUUAAGAGUGAAGGACCAGACCACUGCUCCCAACCAGAGGACCUGAGAGUAGCUGAGGUGACCGACAGCUGGUGGCAUUCAAUGCUGAUUUUGCCGCCACUGUUUAAAGAAAGUCCAGCCAGCCCUUUCCUCGCUGCCUACUACCCCGACUGUGUGGGAAUGAGUCCGUCAGGCUCUCCCAGCAACAUGGCUCUGAACGAUCUGAGGGCCGAUCACUGCCGAGCUGUACAGCCUCAAAUUCCAGGUCUGUGUCCGUACUUCCAGCCCUUCUAUCAGCCUAAUGAGUGUGGCAAGGCUCUGUGUGUGCGGCCGGAUAUGAUGGAGCUGGAUGAGCUUUACGAGUUUCCAGAGUUUUCCCGUGAUCCCACCAUGUAUUUGGCUCUGCGUAACCUUAUUCUGGCUUCUUGGCACAAGAACUGCAAGGAGAUGCUGACUUCUCAGAAAUGUGCACAGCACAUCAUUGUCCGGGGGUUGGUGCGUGUGCGCUGCGUGCAGGAGAUGGACCGGGUGCUGAACUUUAUGACCAGGAAGGGUUUGAUCAACACGGGUGUGCUGGCGGUCAAACAGCCGCUCCUCCCUGAAAGACACCGUGCUAAGAACGUUAUCGUCAUCGGUGCUGGAGCUUCAGGACUUGCUGCUGCACGGCAGCUGCAAAACUUUGGCGCUCAGGUGAUGGUGCUGGAGGCAAGGGAGAGAAUUGGAGGACGAGUGUGGGAUGAUUUGACUCUGGGCGUCACUGUGGGCAGAGGAGCACAAAUUGUCAAUGGUUGUGUAAAUAACCCCAUCGCCCUGAUGUGUGAACAGAUGGGCAUCAAGAUGCACAAGCUGGGGGAGCGGUGUGACCUCUUCCAGGAGGGAGGACAGGUUACUGACCCGGCCAUUGACAAGCGCAUGGACUUCCACUUUAACGCCAUCCUGGACGUGGUGUCAGAGUGGAGGAAGGACAAGUCACAGAACCAGGACACACCCCUGGGAGAGAAAGUCCAGGAGGUGAAGAAGAACUUUCUGCAGGAGUCUGGGAUCCAGUUCAGUGAGUUGGAGGAGAAAGUGCUUCAGUUUCACCUCAGCAACCUGGAGUAUGGCUGUGGAAGCAUGUUAGACCAGGUAUCAGCAAGAUCCUGGGAUCACAACGAGUGUUUUGCCCAAUUCUCAGGAGACCACACUUUACUCAACAAGGGCUACUCUGUUUUACUCCACAAACUGGCCGAGGCCCUGGACGUCCGCACAAAGUGUCCGGUUCAGGCCAUUGACUACUCAGGUGACGUUGUCAGAGUUACUUCCUCCAAUGGGUCCCAGUGGACGGCACAGAAGGUUCUUGUUACAGUCCCAUUGACUUUACUUCAGAAGAAUUUGAUUCAGUUCAACCCUCCACUUCCUGAAAGGAAACUAAAAGCAAUCCACAGUCUGGGAGCUGGUAUCAUAGAAAAGAUCGCUCUUCAGUUCCCGUACAGAUUCUGGGACAACAAAAUCCAAGGGGCAGAUUACUUCGGUCACAUCCCACCAGGUCCUGACAAGAGAGGCAUGUUCAGUGUCUUCUAUGACAUGGAUCCACAGGGAAAGCAGGCUGUCCUCAUGUCAGUGAUCACUGGUGAUGCCGUCCCUGCUGUUCGGGACCUGGAGGACAAGGCCGUGGUUGAUGAGUGCAUGAAAGUUCUACGAGAACUUUUCAAGGAACAGGACGUCCCGGAGCCGAUACAUUUCUUCGUCACACAUUGGAGCAAAGACAUAUGGUCCCAGAUGUCUUACAGCUUUGUGAAGACAGGGGGCAGUGGAGAGGCCUAUGAUAUCCUUGCUGAAGACAUCCAGGGCAAAGUCUUCUUCGCUGGCGAGGCCACCAACAGACACUUCCCUCAGACUGUGACAGGAGCCUACCUCAGUGGGGUCCGAGAGGCCAGCAAGAUGGCUGCUAUGUAAACUGUCAGCACCAGAUCACUCAACAGCACCAGCAUGGACACACACGGGUCUCACUGAGAAAAACAGCUCUGACUGUGUUACCUUAGUCGCUCCACACAACGUUUCACCAAGCUGUUAUGUGUCCGAUCUCCAGGACCCGGCUCCACAUACUUAACACCCGAUUGAUUAAAGUGAUUUUUAUUUAUGUCACAAACCAGCUGUAAAAAUAAUUUUAGUUGGCGACAAGAAGCAAAAAUCCAUAGUAGCAAAGAAGGGAGACUGGAUUACCCUGUGUAGCUCUGCCAUGUUCCACUGUGCUGGAGAGCAGGAUGAUGUUAUCUUGAGUUUAACGGUGAUGAGAUGGUCAAACAUUUUCUUUUGUAGAGCCGAUGCUGCAUGAAACAUUGGUUAACUCUCCGUUUUCUAAUCAUCAAUCAAACUGAAUAAGAUUUAAUCUGCAGAGAUCAGGUUUCAAGAGAUGAUACAGUGAUAUUUAAAAACGAAAUCUUCUUUGAGAGUUGACUACCAAUGAUUUAUACAACUCUAACAGAUUUGCAUUGUUUUGCAUGUGUUAUAUGUGUGUUGGUACAAAUGGUGUAGUGAACUGGAUGAAAGGUUAGAUAUUUACUAUUAGUCCUUCUGCGAUAGCACUUUUAUUUAUAGCCUUGAUUUGAUUUGAAAAAAGGAAAAAAAAAAAGAAAGGAAUAUUUCACGUCACAAGGUAAAUUCCUCUCAUGGUUGAGAUUGAUCAGAAGACCCCAGAUCGUCCCCCUUACUUUCUCAGGGAUUUGAUCAGGAUUAGGAUUUUACAACCUAGACAAAAUAAUAAUGUAUUUGUACAAUUUUGAAUAUCAUUGUUUAAAAAAAAAAGGUCACACAAACAACCAAAGGAGGAAAGUAAAUCCGACCUAUUUCCCUUGUGUUAGCUCUCGAAUUCAAACUAAACCUUUAGCUGUUGGGGGUUGGGAAUCAGCACAGCAAUGUCCUCACUGUCUUUUAAUUAAUGUUGAUUAACGAUGCUUUACAUGUAGAGUCAUAUCUGUGUGAGAAUCUAGAACCACGUCCUGUCCGUCUGACAUUACAGUGCUUGAGUAUUUAUCUUGUAUGUGUGUAAUAAACUGAGCUUUCAACUGCCA